AAAUGCGGAGAGAGUCUCCAGGAGAUCGUCAACUACCACAUGAUCCUGUUUGACCAGGCACAGAGAUCCAUCAAACAACAGAUACACACCUUCAUCAAAGAAGACGUGCGUAAGUUUAAAGACACGAAGAAGCAGUUUGACCGGGUCAGAGACGACAUGGAGUUGGCUCAGGUCAAGAAUGCCCAGGCCCCAAAGAACAAGCCCCACGAAGCAGAAGAGGCAAGUCAGGCCCUGGUGCUCAGCAGGAAGAGCUUCCGACACAUCGCCCUGGACUAUGUGCUGCAGAUAAAUGUUCUUCAGGCCAAGAAGAAGUUUGAGAUCCUGGAUGCGAUGCUGUCGUUCAUGAGAGCUCAGUACUCUCUUUUCCAGCAGGGACACAGCAUCUUAGACGAGAUUCACCCAACCAUGAACAAGCUCGCCGGACAGCUGGAUCAGCUGGUGAUUGACUCUGCCAUGGAGAAGAGAGAAAUGGAGCAUAAACAUGCCCUGAUUCAACAAAGAGAUUUCUCGUACGAUGAUCCAAAGCUGGAGUUUAAUGUGGAUGCGCCCAACGGAGUGGUGAUGGAGGGUUACCUGUUUAAACGAGCCAGCAAUGCGUUUAAGACGUGGAACAGGCGCUGGUUCUCUAUACAGAACAGUCAGCUGGUCUACCAGAAGAAACUAAAGGACUCUGUGACAGUGGUGGUGGAUGACCUCAGGCUCUGUUCAGUCAAACCCUCUGAGGACAAUGAGAGGAGGUUCUGCUUCGAAGUCGUUUCACCCACAAAGAGCUGUAUGCUUCAGGCCGAGUCGGAGAAGCUGAGACAGGCCUGGAUCCAGGCAGUCCAAGCCUCCAUCGCAUCAGCGUAUAAAGACAUCGGGGACAACUACUACACAGAGCGUUUGGACCGUACAGCCUCUCCCUCCACCAGCUCCAUUGACUCUGCCUCUGAGCCACGGGAGAGGGUUAUGGAGCGCACUCAGUCCAGAGGGGGGGAGGGGCUUCUGCAGAGGGUCCAGACUCUGCCCGGUAAUGAGGUGUGCUGCGACUGUGGCCAGAGCAACCCCUGCUGGGCAUCCAUCAACCUAGGCAUCCUGCUUUGUAUCGAGUGCUCCGGCAUCCACAGGAGUUUGGGGGUUCACUGCUCUAAAGUGCGCUCGCUCACUCUGGAUUCAUGGGAGCCGGAGUUACUUAAGUUGAUGUGUGAGUUGGGGAACACUGUGAUAAACCAGAUUUAUGAGGCCACGUGUGAUGAAGUCGGAGCAAAGAAACCCAGCCCCGGCUCCUCCAGGCAGGAGAAGGAGGCCUGGAUCAAAUACAAGUAUGUGGAGAAGCGAUUCCUGAAGAAGCUAGGGGGCGCUGCGUUGAUGGAUGCUGAGAGGAAGCACAGGCCGUGGAUGGUGAAGAAGUGCCAGAGGAGCAGCGGCUCUAUGCGACACCUCAACAAAACAGGCCGGAAAUGUAAACGCUAUGAGCCGGGGAGCGCCAAUCUGUCUGCAGGUAACAAUGGUAACAGGACAGCCACCAAUCUGUCUACAGGUAGCCAUGGCAACAGGUCAGCCACCAAGCUGUGUGCAGUCACAGUUUCCCUGGGGCAGACUGACAGAAGAGAGGCUGCUAAUCUAUGCCAUCAGCCCCCACGCACAGUUGCUGCAAAGUUCCGCAGAGACUCUCUGUUCUGUCCAGACGAGCUCGACUCACUCUUCUCCUACUUUGACACAGGAUCUGGCCCCCGCAGUCCCGCUGGUCUUAGCAGCGACUCGGGGCUAGGGGGCAGCACUGACGGGAGCACAGAUGUUUUAGCAUUUGGAUCAGUCGUGGACAGCGUCACAGAAGAAGAGGAGGAGUCUGAGUCGUCUAGUGAGGAGCCUUCAGACUCAGAGGACCAUCAGGAGCUGCACCCAGGAGCCACGCUGCACCCCACGAUGCUGCUGCUCAGAGCCGCUCGCCUGCACAACAUCCCACUGAUGGCAGAGUCGUUAGCCCACGGAGCUGACGUGCACACGGCCACCGAAGAGGAGGGCAAGACCGCGCUCAUACAGGCCGUGAUAGGGGGUUCUCUGAUCGCCUGUGAGUUCCUGCUCCAAAAUGGCACAGAUGUGAAUCAGAGGGAUAUGAGGGGGAGGGGCCCACUGCACCACGCCACCUACCUCGGACACACUGGUCAGGUGUGCUUGUUCCUGAAGCGCGGUGCAUCUCAAACUGAGGUGGACGAACAAGGAUAUGACCCCCUGAGCAUCGCGGUGCAGACGGCCAACGCCGACAUCGUCACACUGCUGCGUUUGGCUCGGAUGAAUGAGGAGAUGAGGGAGUGCGAGAUUCCUCUGGGACAGCCAGGUCCAUACCCAAACAGCAGCCCCACAGAACUGCAGUACAAGAAAUGUAUUCAGGAGUUCAUCUGCCUCACCAUAGAUGAGAGCUAGUACACACAGUACUACUACUACUAAUACUACUGCUACUGCAUACUGUUCACUAUUAUUGCUGGAGAUAUUACUACUACUACUACUACUACCUAGGGCCCUGUACUACGAAGCAUGGUUUUGGUCACAAGAGUAAAAGGAUUCAGUUCAGCGUAACAGUCAGUGAUCGACUUGGGUCUUUCUAAUGGAGACAUCUACAGCCAAUCCCCUGUGUGUCAGAUGCCCUCCCUGUAUUUUCAUGGAGUCUUAUUCUGUGUAAAAGCUGCUAACCCUUUAGACUCUACAGACAUGCUCUGAAAUGUCAUUCUUGUUUUAGUUUGUCAGUUAAGAUUUCGGUUAUUUUGCCUAGUCUCCAUGGAGCUGUCUGGAAUGUUCCACAGUAUGGCAUUACACAUGUCUAUCUUGCUUUUUUCAUUUCCAAAUAUUUGUAUUGCUCAAAAGCACCUUAAAAACAUGCAAUCUUACUGUGAGCAGGGUCACCUCUCCACAGAUCUGACCUAUAACUCGGUCUGGUGGCAUUCUCUGCUUGUCUCCACGCUGAUUAAUAACUUAAACACUGCAGGCAAAGCGAUGACAUCUUCAUGGAGACAAGCAGAUGGCAGACCUUCACAUGAAAAGUUAUGUAUUGCUCCUUUAAUCCAGAGUUUGCAAAACACACUUCAUACUGACAGCAGGUCAUCGUUAGCUUGACAUCGUUACUUAGCUUACUUGCUUCGUAGUACAGGCUUCCAGUUUUAGAUUUGGGAAAACUUUUAGCAGUUUAUCCCAAUGAGCUCCCACAAUGCACUUAUGCAUCUCUGACUCGUGACAGUAAACAGUCUGAAACAUAAGUGCAUCACUAUGCUAAACCACAACUCCGUGUGUACGGCGUUACUGGAGCUAGCCACUGUCACCUGCUUCUGUGUGUUUUCUACCAGGGUUAUGCUAAUACGUUAAUUCUGGGGAAGCUAGCUGCACUCAUACUUUUAUUCCUUUUGGGGCAGAUCUAUAAAGUUAAGAUUCUAUCAGAUUCUCAUCACAUUUACAGAAUAAAAGGUCUAACUGUGUAAAUGUUAAAUAUUUUGGGCCAUUUUAAAAUAAAUCAUCACAAAACUUGGAUUUUCUUUUUAUUAUUUUAAACGUGCUAUAGUAAGUAAAACUGACCCCUGUGAGCUCCAUGUUCUAAUGCUCCUCCUCAAAAAUAGACCUGGAGUUGUGUUUUGUUUCACACAUGCUUGAGUAACACUUUAUUAUUAGUCUGUUUACAUCUCCAAAGCUCAAAAUGCUCUGUUCCAACUUGUGAUGUCAUGAAGUGGUAGUUUUCAAGAUAACAGCUCCUUUUACCUUUCGGUCAGUAGAGAUUGGCAAUUGCAGGACUGAAAUGAUCCAAAUGACUAGUGAAGGUUGUAUGGAGUUUAAAAACACAGUGGAGCACUCCCUGUAAUACCACAUGAUGAAAUCACAAGGUGGAACAGAGUGUUUUCUGUCUGAGAGAAGAACUCCACAACUCCAGGUCUGUUUUUGAUGAGGAAACAUGAGAACAUAGUCACCUGCCUAUCUCCAUGGAAAUAGAUAAAUGCCAUAUUGUGGCACAUUUUAGACAAAGCAAACACAUCUCCAUGUAGACAAACAGAAAAGUUACACAGUAUUUCUUUAACUCCAGUUCAAAUGAAUAAAUUGUGUUUACUUUGUAGAUCUGUCCCUUAAUGAGAUGUAACAUCUUCAGCUCCUCGGAUGAUUCCUACAAGGCUCCUCAGAUGAUUCUUACAAGGCAUUUGGGCUUUUGUCUGAGCUCCCAAGAUGAUUCUUUUGAGGCAUCUGAGCUUUUGGCUCGUUUUAAAGAGUUAAGAAAAAUGAGUUUUUAACUGUGAUAAACUUUGGGCUGUUGCUUCUGAAGAGACUUGAACCAAGUAGAGAAGUGGAGAUGAUGUGGAGAUGAUAUGGAGAAGAUGUGGAGAGGUAGAGAUGAUGUGGAGAUCUGGAGAUGACGUGGAGAGGCGGAGAUGUGGAGAUGAUGUGGAGAGAUGGAGAGGUGGAGAUGAUGUGAAGAGGGAGGUGUGGAGAGGUAGAGAUGAUGUUGAGAGGUGGAGAUGAUGUGGAGAGAUGCAGAUGUGGAGAGGUGAAGAUGAUGUGGAGAGGUCGAGAAGUGAAGAUGAUGUGCAUGUACAGAAAAUAUAAUAUCAUUCAAUAUUUUGAAUUGUCAUAUUUUUAUAUUUUUUAUCAAUUUAAUGACAUGUGUCUGACUUUUAUUUAUGUUAAAACCACAUACGACUGACGGAGUCUGAAGUGUUCAGGACCAACAGAGGCUGUGAUGUUCAGGACCGGCAGAGUCUGUGAUGUUCAGGACCGACAGAGUCUGUGAUGUUCAGGAAUGACAAUGUCUGCGAGUCUGUGGUGUUCAGGACUAACAAGGGUCUGUUAGUAUGUGAUGUUCAGGACUGACAGAGUCUGUGAUGUUCACGAUUGAUAGAGUCUGUGGUGUUCAGGAUUGACAGAGUCUGUGGUUUUCAGGAUUGGCAGAGUCUGAGUCUGAGGUGUUCAGGACUGGCAACCUCAGACUCAUAGACUGUUAGUCCUGAACACAGGACAGGUUCAGGAUGGGUUUUGGGGAACCUGAAAGCUGCAGUUUGAGGUGUUUUCUUGGAGAUGCUUUUGCACAUGACCUUAAUGACAUGAAAGCUAAUUUAAAAUGUUUAUUUAAUUGUAUUUUGUGUUUUGAAUAUUCUCAUUUGAUUCUUUUGGUGAUGUUAUGUCACAGACCAACGACAGAGCACAGUGUAGGGCUUUGGGCCAAACUGAAAUAUAUUUGAAACAUUCUGGGAUUUUUACAUGAAGAAUGUUCCAAAACAUUAUAACCAUCUGCUCCUUUGGACCAGUUUGGAGAAGGUUUAAACCAUGUCUAAACCAGAACUAAACCAGGUCUAAACCAGGACUAAACCAUGUUUAAACCAGGACUAAACCAGGACUAAACCAGGACUAAACCAGGACUAAACCAGGACCAAACCAGGACUAAACCAAGACUAAACCAUAACUAAAACAGGUCUAACUCAAGACUAAACCAAGAAGAAACAAUGACUAAACGUUUUUGAAGGGAAAGUGUUUGAAAUGUAAAGUUGUUGCGAUUGUUUCCUGUUUUACUCCUGUUACACAUAUGUCCAAAAUGAAAAUGUGACUUUAGAGUUUUGAGUUUGAGACGUUGGUGAGAAAAAGUGUGACCAGGGUCAGACGUGACUUCUGACCUCAGUAUGUGACCAGGACCAGACCUGACCUCAGUGCGUGACCAGGACCAGACCUGACCUCUGACCUCAGCAUGUGGUCAAGAGUGGCUCUUUCUGACCACAGUGUGUGGUAAAGAGUGGCUCUUUCUGACCACAGUGUGUGGUAAAGAGUGGUUCUUUCUGACCACAGUGUGUGGUAGAGUGGUUCUUUCCACAGUGUGCAGUAAAGAGUCAUUCUGACAGCAGUGUGUGGUAGAGAGUCGUUCUUCCUGACCUCAGUGUGUGGUAGAGUGGUUCUUUCCACAGUGUGCAGUAAAGAGUCAUUCUGACAGCAGUGUGUGGUAGAGAGUCGUUCUUCCUGACCUCAGUGUGUGGUAGAGAGUCGUUCUUUCUCACCACAGCAUGUGGUAAAGAGUUGUUCUGACCACAGCAUGUGAUAAAGAGUUGUUCUUUCUGACCACAGCAUGUGUUCUUUCUGACUGCAGUGUGUGGUAGAGUGGUUCUUUCUAACCGCAGUGUGUGGUAAAGAGUGGUUCUUUCUGACCGCAGUGUGUGGUAGAGUCAUUUUUUCUGACCGCAGUGUGUGGUAAAGUCGUUCUUUCUGACCGCAGUGUGGUAAAGAGUCGUCCUUUCUGACCAUAUUGUGUGGUAAAGAGUUGUUCUUUCUGACCGCAGUGUGUGGUAAAGAGUGAUUCUUUCUGACCGCAGUGUGUGGUAGAGUCAUUCUUUCUAACUGCAGCAUGGUAAAGAGUGGUUAUUUCUGACCGCAGUGUGGUAAAAAGUGGUUCUUUCUGACCGCAGUGUGUGGUAAAGAGUGGGUCUUUCUGACCGCAGUGUGUGGUAGAGCCGUUCUUCCUAACCGCAGCAUGGUAAAGAGUGGUUCUUUCUGACCUCUGUGUGGUAAAAUCAUUCUUUCUGACCGCAGUGUGUGGUAGAGUCGUUCUUUCUAACUGCAGCAUGAUAAAGAGUGGUUAUUUCUGACCGCAGUGUGGUAAAAAGUGGUUCUUUCUGACCGCAGUGUGUGGUAAAGAAUGAUUCUUUCUGACCGCAGCAUGGUAAAGAGGGUUGUUGUUGUAAAUAUUAUUAUGAUUAAACUGCCUGCCUCUUUUUCAUGUUGAUGUCUUUAAACUUUAAAUCUUCUGUGGGACUUUCAAAAUAAAACAAUAAAAAGAACAUCUUGGA